ACUAAUAUUGAGGAUAAAACAUGACAAUGCUGGUAAUUCUUCUUUCCUGCUUUACACUACUUCUAUCCAGUGUUCAUUCAGCAAACUAUAUUCAACUUGGUUGUAUGACAGAAAUCCCAGGACGGUUUUUGCGAGCCAAGGCAGGAGUGUUAAAACCAAACAGUCCAUGGCACUGUCAGCAGUUCUGUAAAGGCUAUACAUAUUUUGGGGUUGAGUAUGGCAAUCAAUGUUUCUGUGGAAAUCAGUUGAUUUUCCCUGUAACUCCAAGUACAAAAUGCACAAUGGCAUGUGAGGGGAACAGUUUAUUGGUUUGUGGUGGACCUAAUGCUAUUGAUGUUUACCAAAAAAUUCUUCAAUAAACAUACCACUAUAGUAUAUCAUCAGAGUUUCUGUGACUAACUUCAAGUGACUGUAAGAUUUUUUUCUUCAAAUAAUGAGGCAAAUAUUUAUUUUACACAAUAUCACUAAGUGUCAGUAACUUUAAAUUAUAUACCUUACCUGAUAAUGAAAUAUGCCUUUACCACUUUUAUAAUGAUAAAGUGAUCAUGUAAGAAUAUGAAAAAUAUAAAUGCAACUUAGUACAAUAUCCUACAAUAACUGUAGUUCAAUUGAAAUAAUUUCAUUGAAGAGAAUGUACAUAUUCAUUCCUUAGUCAGUGAUAUUUUUAUUUUUUCUUUAUUGUAGAAAAAUUCUACUACAGUUUUAUCAUAAACCAACAGGAGAACUGUUAUUUUUGUAAUAGAAAAUUGAGAAAAAUAAACUU